AGGUGAGAUUCUAAAGCCCCUGCAGAUGCCAUGCCCAAUGUUGUACUGCCCACAACUUGAAAACUGCAUCAAAAUUAAAACCCACGUACUUGAACAUCAACGGCCGCCAGUGUAUCGGGUGUCCAAAGUGUGCGGAUGAAAGUGGAGAGGGAAAACGCCAAAUUGGAACUCCUAUCGACCUGACCAAAUUCCGGAUGUGCCCAAUUGUGGACUGCGCAUUUCCGGGAUUCUGUGCCAUUUCCAAGCCGUCAUAUUUCCAGAUCAACGGGAUGAACUGUACGGGCUGCCCUGUGUGUAGCAAUCAGAUCCUGGGGAAAAGAAGUGUCAUACCAAUAGACCUGGGUCACCUGAUCCAAUGCCCCUUGGUGGACUGCGCCUUCAAGGCUGGCUGUACAGCUAUUACACAUUCGACCUUCCAAUGGAAUGGACGCCAAUGUCAAGGAUGUCCGAUCUGCGAGGAAAAGUUGUCCCCACGUGAGGUUUUGCCCGGAAAUCUGGUGUUGCGGCGGGUGUGUUGUGAUAGAUUAGAUAAUAUCCCUUUUGGUAUUUUUUGA